UACAGCUAGCUUUCACCAACACAAGCGCAUACAUGUGUAAUGCGUACCUUAUUGUUUACGUUUACGUUUGUCAACAAAAACGAUAUCGCUAAAAUAAAACAAUUAACAAGGCCGGGUAUUACAAAAAAUAGUUCGCUUAAAUUGUACCAGUAUUAUUAUAAAAGAAGAUAUCGUCAGCAUUUAGAAUCAUUCAGAAGUACCUUUUCGGAAACAACAACCGCUUUCGGAAGUAUUUUCGAGGAUGCUUUAAAUUAAUGUGUCCAUUGGGCCUGUUUUCUUCUUUUUGGAUGAAUUUACAGAAUUUUGGUUUCAUAGACGGCCAGCAAACCCAGGAGCUCAGUUCACAAGUAUACAUACGGUGCGAAUAUUUUUGCGGAUAGAUGUUAAUUGUUUAUCGUGAUGCUGCCUGUAACAAAAAACCGAUCAAUCAAUUUUGCACCCGAAUUGUAAGUUCAACUCUAAGUUAUAUUUUAUAAGUAAUUAUAUUAGGUCUAAUACUAUGGAGGACUACUACGAUAAUACCUACGAUGAGAAUGAAGAUUUGUAUGAUUUUUCGUAUGACGACAACGUAAGAGUAGUAGCUGAUGGCGAUUCAAUCGAUUGGAGGGAUGGUUACGACAGUUGCGUUUCAUCUUCCCUCGUGCAGGUUCCCACCUUUAUUGCUCCGUUCAUUGUAGCAAAUAUCGUUCUCUGCAUGAUUUCAAAAGUGCAAGUCCGUUUUCUGCCUUCUUUCAUGUUUCAUUUGUCGAAUAUCAGUUGUGGUCUGUAUCUACUUUAUAACUCCAUUGACCGAGGACGUUGGUACCUUUUUCAGUUGCUCGCCCCAGCGUACUUGCUGUUGAAACUUUCUACCAAAAAUUCCCAACGGAUUCGACUCGAUCUCGUAUUGUGCGUUUUUUGCAUAGCAUAUCUUAUCAUAUGCGAGAUUUACGAGCAGAAUGCCGAAGUGUGGCAUCAUAUCCGGGGUGUAUUGAUGAUUGUUGUUAUGAAAAUCAUUUCAUUGGCGUUAGAUUCAAAAUCAGACGGUUUGGUGAAAAGCCAAAUUAACACGUUGGCAUUCUUAGGCUACAUUUGCUGUCCUGCGAAUUGUAUCUUCGGACCAUGGACGUCGUUCAGAGAUUACAUGGAAAGUCAGCCCAAGAAAAAUGCAAGGUUGUUGAGCUUAACUCCUACUGCCAAAUACAUUUACCAGAUUGCGUUCAAUUUGACAUUCGCGAUUCUUUGCUUACUUUUCUCCAACUGUGCCCAAGUAUUUCUAAUAUCGGAUUACACAUGGAAAUGGUUAGCAGCGUAUGUUGUAGCAUUGUCUUUCAGGACAAGCCACUAUUUUGUGUCUUUUCUAUCACAAGCUACCAUGGUUUCAGCUGGAUACAGCACCGAAAACAGGCACGGGUCGAAAUCAACGGUAAGCAAACACUCAAGAGUCUUUGGAUACACCGUGGUCCUGCCAUGGAACAUUGAGCUACCGUAUUCGUUGAUUCACGUGGUAGUAGCUUGGAAUGUCCCCAUGCACAACUUCUUAAAACAAUACGUCUUCCGUGUGCUGAAACCGUAUGGAACGUUUACUGCAGUUUUCCUUACUUACGUGACUUCUUCGUUACUACACGGCUUAAAUUUCCAGCUUUGGGCUACUCUACUGACCCUCGGAAUCUGGAGCUAUGUAGAAUAUAACAUUCGUAAGAAGCUUGCCCACAUAUUUUCAGCCUGUGUAGCAGUUGGAAAAUGUAACGGAAUUUGUGCGAAACAUAAACUGGGUAGGACAGCUGCGCUAUCCAUUGUUAUAAAUUUUACAUUUUGCUGUCUAAGUUUUAUACAUCUGAUAUAUUUGGGAACAAUCUUCGAUGCAUCUUCCGAGCUGCAAACUGAAGGGUUUUCAUUUUGGCAUGCCGUUCAAAAAUGGCAAGAGCUGCACUACCUCUCCCACUGGAUUCUUGUGCUGGGAUUAAUUUUUAAUUGGUUAAUUUAACCAACGGCUCUGACGCGGCAAGUUACGUGGGCUUAAUUUAAUCAGGCUUUAGCAAGUAGGAGAAGGAAUCUACGGAGGAUUUUAACUAUGCAACUUGUCUGUGUUAGUAAUUUUUUUUAACAAGGUGUAAAAGCAAUCUGUCUUGAAGGACAAAAGAUAGCGCAUUAGGGUAUUAGAUAGUAUUAUAAUUACAUUGCUUCUAUGUAUUGAUUAAUAUUAUAUAAUUUAUUACUAUGUACAUCCUAUUGGAUUUAUUUGAAAAAUAUAAUAUAUUCAAGUAGA